ACUGCGCACUUUGUAGUGAUGAUUCCAAGGCUUUAGUAGAUGGACAAAACAAUUUGCAGUUUCGUCGAAAUUCGGUAUUCAGCGAGAAAGGAACGUGUGAGCAAGUGAGCGUACAGUGUACUGAACAAGAUAUGUUGCUCACAUUAAACUUCCAAUCCCCGUUUAAUGGUCGAGUCUACGCCAAAGGUAACCCUACACAAUGUUUUGUGGUAGGUCAAGGACAGUCUACACUUCAGUUUGCGAUUUCUCUAGGAAGCCGAUGUGGAACUCGAAAAGAGGAAUUAAAAGUUUAUGCAAACGAAGUGGUGGUCCAGCAACAUCCAAUCAUCGUCAUGGAUACAGAUAAGACCAUCCGUGUUGUUUGUUCAUUUGAGACAGGAGAACGAACCGUUACUAUGGAUGUGUUUGGUCGAAACGGAGAGAAAGGAAUGGAAGUUACGACACGUCGACCUUCCAUUUCUUCUAUUGUGACAAACACUGCACCUCCACCUAACGUCGCAAUGAGGAUAUUAGACCCAUCAGGAAGAGACGCUCAUGUCGUGGGUCUUGGAGAUGAGAUUGAAUUACGAAUUGAUUUGACAGACCCAUCAACUGCUUUUGCGAUAUUUGCUCGAAAUCUUUACGCUCGGAGCUCCAAUGGAGAAUCAUUGUUCCUUAUUGACAGUAACGGCUGUCCAACUGACCCCACAAUCUUCCCGGCCCUUCAGCUGAAUUUGAGAGACCAGAAGUCACUCAUCGGAAAAUUUAAGGCCUUCCGAUUUCCGUCCACUGGGCGAGUCAACUUUGAAGUCCAGAUACGUUUCUGUCAGGACCGGUGUGAUCCAGUGCGCUGUGCUAACAACGUCCAGUCGUACGGUAGACGAAAACGUGAUACAAUGGAACUCGUGCUUGAGUCCGAUUCCUCAUCAUCUAAUGGAUCUUCAGUUGAUUCUUCUGAUGUUAGUGGUCAUGUGUCUCAGCCUGAGCUUGGACCAAAUGAAUAUCCUGUAAUGAUCCCACAGAGUGCUGUGAUCGAAACUACAGAACAAAAACUGGAGCCACGUGACUCCUUAAAUGGAAACGAGACAACAACAACAAUGUCUUCCAGAUUAAUUCUUCAGGCCACAAACCCGCCAACUGUGAAACCCUCAUCUGUAAUGUUAAACAAAAAUCCUGUGAGCUAUACAACCAUAAAUUAUGACAAACUUUCAGGUUAUCCCCAAAAUGAUAAUAUUUUGAACAGCCAUUAUAAUCGUUCAAUAUAUCCUCAAAGUCAGUCAGCAUAUAAUAAUACCUAUGAACAGGGUAGUCUAUCGAAAAAGAAUGGUAUGCGUUCAGAUUUAUCUCAAAAUGAAUCAACAUAUGAGAAUCUGUCGAGCAAGAAUGAUAAUCGUUCAGGCUAUUCUCAAGGUGAGUCAGCAUAUGGUAGUGCUUAUAGGCAACAAUACGAACAAAGCAGUCUACCGAAUAAAAGUGAUAAUCGGUCCAGUUACUCUCAAAGGCAAUCGGCAUAUGAUAAUAUGUAUGGGCAACAAUACGGACAAGAUCAUUUAUCGAAAAAGGGUGAUAAUCAUUCGGGCUAUUCUCAAAGUGAGUCGACAUAUGACAGUGCUUCUGGGCAACAAUAUGGACCAGGCAGUGUGUCGAACAAAGGUGGUAAUCGUUCAAGCUAUUCUCAAAGUGAAUCAACAUAUGAUAGUGCCUAUGGGCAACAACAUGGACAAGGCAGUGUGUCGAACAAAGGUGGUAAUCGGCCAAGUUACUCUCAAAGUGAAUCAACAUAUGAUAGUGCCUAUGGUCAACAAAAUGGACAAGGCAGUGUAUCGACCAAGGGUAGUAAUCGGCCAAGUUACUCUCAAAGUGAAUCAACAUAUGAUAAUACCUCUGGGCAAGAACAUGGACAAGAUCAUCUGUACUACAAUGACAACAAUCGUUCCGGUUAUCCUCAAAGCGAAUUAACAUAUCGUAAUACCUAUGGACAUCAAUAUGGACAAGAGAGUAUCCCACAGGAUAAUGAUAAGCAUUCGGGUUACCCUCAACACGAGUCUUCAAACAAUCGACCAUAUAGUUCACCGUAUGGGAUUAAUGCAGGAGGACGACAAGAUGACAAGCUAGGAAGUCAACAAGAUCCUCGACCGGAUCAAGAAAUCUACAGUGAGUACCGAGGUAACAGCAAGAGGGACGACUACCCUUAUGGGCAAAACAAUCCCUACCCUAACAAUAAUGAUAUGUCUGCGAAUUGGAAUGAUGUUGACCAGUUUGGAGUUGGUCAGGGGCUGCAAAGAGAUGGUCCACAAUUUCAAAAUGGAUCUCCAACUAAAGAUAUAGUGGCAACGACACAAAAGCCAGUGCCUCAAGAAGUUCCCCUUUCUCUGGCCAUAAUGGUAGGAGAAGAUCCAGAGCCUCAAGAACCAUGGAGCCACACGCGUUAUGCUGAACCAUCCGAAAAGGAAUCAAAUAUGGUCUGCACCUCUCAGUCCACGAUCAUAGCUACUGCUGUCACAUUAUCGCUCUUACACUUAGGCCUACUUGUUGGAGGUUACUGCUAUUACCGCUGGCACAGGAAGAACAAACGGAAGAAGCAAUUGGACGAUCAACUUCCUUUUCCGGUACCGAACACCACAAGUCCCCCACAGGUCGUCUAUGGAAGUGCUGACGUAAUGUUCCGUAGUAUAUAUGAAGGAUAUGAUGCUUCGCCAUGAUAAAUAAGAGACAAUACACAUCAUACUAAAACGCAGUUGAAGGAUAUGAUCAAUGGGUAUUGAAUGUGAAAGUCAAUACAGUAAAAACGGCUAUCUAUCUUCAUUUCUGACUCGCCAUUUGGUUUUAUGUUUUUUGGAAGCAUCGCCUGCUUUGUGUAAAUCAUUCAAACUGAAAAAUUUCUAGCUUGUUUGUAAAAUAUUUCUAAUUAUCAUACAUAUUUGGGC